AUGCCCUAGCUUGAAAUCUCUCUAUCUCAUCCCAAUCUGCUCAAGCUCUCUUUCCUCUUUUAACUUGUGAAGCCUGUGGAGUUAUGAAGUGCGUUUUGGGGGUGGAUAUAAUCAUGGUAUGUUGAAAGCUUCGUAUUUCUAUUGAAAGGUAAAGUUAUGAUAGUUGCAAUUAAUUAUGGUUGAAUGUUUUGAACUGAAUUUGAAUAGCAUGUAGCAAUAUGUAUAUAAAUGCAGAGGCCCACAGGUGGGAUGAUGUUGAGAGGGUGAGAAAAAUGAUGGUUGAGAUGGGGGUUCUAAUCCUCCUGGGUGCAGUCAGAUUGAGAUGAAUGGCUGAUUGAAAAUUGAGAGGUUAAGUAGAGGGAAGAACAUCAUACAUACUGAUGAUAUACAAGGGAUUGCAAAAACUACAUUCUUAUUCAACGGGUAAGUCCAAUUUAAAGCUCUCAAUCCUCAACACUUGGGUAACUAAAUCUAUCUCUCACUACUCGGCUUCGAAAUGGAGAAAGCAAGAAUCGGUCGACACUAAAAUUCCAAGUUUGGAGAGAGAGAGGCUCUUCUCUCUCUUGAAUGGAUGUCUCUGCACAGAUCAAAUUAGACAAGUCCAUUCUCAGUUGAUUAUGAGCAUUUCGGAGUCGAGAUUGGAUGCAAUAAUUUGGAACUCUUUGCUCGGAGCCUAUGCAAGGAGCAACACUCCACAAGCAGCUCUUAUUAUAUACAAACAAAUGCAGAAUUUAAGUUGCCCCCACAGGGAUCGCUUCACGUAUUCAUUUCUUUUAAAGGCAUGCACAGAUCCCUCCCUAAGAGAUAAAAAGGGGGAGAUCCAUUGCCACAUUAUUAAGACUGGUUUCCAUUCCCAAAUUUAUGUACGUACUUCUCUCCUUGUUGUAUAUUCAACAAGUGGGUGCCUAUCUGAUGCUUGCAAAGUCUUCAAUGAAAUGCCUAAGAAGAAUGUGGUCAUAUGCAAUGCCAUGAUCACUGGUUAUGGAAAGCAUGGCAAGAUCGAUGAUGCCCGCAAGCUGUUCGAUGAGAUGAUGAAACGGAGUGUGGUUUCUUGGAGCGCGAUGAUUGAUGGGUAUAUCACAAACAACAGAACAAGAGAGGCCUUCGCUCUUUUCCGCUUUAUGCUGAUGGAGGAGAAUGAGAACAAACCCAAUGAGAUCACUAUACUCAGUAUUCUCCCAGCCUUGCAACAUGGUCUCGGUGCUUCCCAUAUUGGGGACUCCAUCCAUGCCUUUGCCCGAAAGAUGGGUUUUCAUUCAUUUGUGCCAGUGAGCAACGCGCUCAUUGACAUGUAUGCAAAAUGUGGGAGCAUAGCAAACAUGGGAAAUGUGUUCGAUGAAAUCCAAGAAAAAAGCGUGGUUUCAUGGACCUGCAUGAUAUCGGCAUAUGCAAUGCAUGGCCAUGCCAAAGAGGCAAUUCGGGUUUUCAAAGAGAUGGAGGGGGUGGGAGUGAGGGCAAAUGGGAUCGCAUUUCUUGGGUUGUUGCAUGCUUGUAGUCAUGCAGGGCUCAUAAAAGAAGGCCAGGAGUAUUUUACCGCUAUGGUAGAGGACUAUGGGAUUGUACCAGGUGUCAAGCAUUAUGGAUGCAUGAUCGAUAUGUUAGGGAGAGCUGGUUUAUUAGAGGAAGCCGAGAAGAUGUUAGAAAGAGAGAACUCAUUAUUAGAUGGUAAUGUGGUGGUUUGGAGGACUUUACUUGGAGCUUGUUGUGUUCAUGGUGCAGUCGGUUUGGCGGAGCGUGUUAUGGAGAGGGUGGUGGAGCUAGAGAGAGAGUUUGGAGGGGACUAUGUGCUUCUCUCUAACAUCUAUGCAGGGGCUGGGAGAUGGAGUGAUGCUGAGAAAGUGAGGAGGUCUAUGGAAGAGAGGAAUCUCAUGAAAACUCUUGGUUCGAGUAAUUUGCUUUGAUGGGCAGGAUCACUGAUUGAGGUAAUUUUUUGCAAGUAAUUUAUACUGUGGGAGAGAUCAUUGAUUGAGGUAAUUUUGCAUUGAGAUAUUUUUUGGUUGUUUACUACGUCAAUGGAAUAAUGGGAAAUGCUGAAAUAUGGAAUGUUCCAUAACUAGGAUUUGUGCAUUUUUUAUGGAAUUAUGGGAAAUGCAUGUCUGGAAAAUGUUGAAUCAUGGAAAUUUUUAGUAUUUUGAGUUUUUCUUUGUAUUGAUAAUUUGAUACUGAUAUAAAUAAUCGAUUGUUUUGGUUAAUUAUUCAAAUAAUCUAUUUGAACUAUGGAAAUUGUUCUAUUGAUUCAAUUUUUUUGUAUUUCCUUUUUCUCCAUUGUUUUCUUUACAUAUUUGUAUUCUUCCUUUUUUAUUUUAAUUAAAUUUCACGGCUCUGAUUGGUGAACAUCUCAUCCAGUAGAGAAACAGUGCCUCCACUACGUCGAUGGCAGUCCAGUCUUGAUAAUAUUGGUUAUUAGUAUGCUUGUAAUCUACACGCUUAUAUGGGAAGAAUUAAUGCAUCUCAAUACAUUAUAUCUUCCCAGAAGCAUCUUAAAUACUUAAUUGCAAUUAAUACCCUUUCUCUCCAACGUCUCAUCAUAUUUCUAAAGCUUUUACCAAACUCUUCAAAUGAAAGUGACCAGACCUUGGGAACCUUGGGAGAAGGGAAACACAUUUUCUUGGUACCACUGAACCCAUCUCUGAGUUAACUAUUCCGUACAUGUCCCUCAACCUUGGCUACCUAGAAAUCUGGAACACCAAGAAAGACGGAGCAAAGGCUGGAUAAGAGUGACAUUCUUCCCUUAGGAAUUAGAUUCAAAAUGGGAAAUAUCAUGCUCUACCCUGGACAACCUAUAAUGCUGAAAGGUCGAGGUUAAGCAAAUUCGGGGAAUAGAUGGUAUCCUUACCCUACUGUCCAAUGGAGAGCACCAGAAGUGAAAGAGUGGAAGCCCUUCUAUUGGAAAAAUCACUGCUAAAGAUUUGGUCCUUUUGCUUUGUAGACUAACAAAAGCCGCCAAUCAAGGUGGAAGUGACUAAUUGUAAAUUCUCACUGUAUCUCGUGAAAAAGUUCCUUAGAGAAUGAUCUGGACAGACAUAUGAGAGUUAUGUUCUCAAGGAAAAUAUGAAAAUGUACUCCAGGAAAUUUUCGUAGUUUUGUGAAUCAGCUGUAAUCACUGCAAGAAGAGCCUGAGAAAUAUCUUCUACUUGGUACAUGUGGUUGAACCAAUAUCAAUAUUUCAAUGCAAUAUGUCCAAACUUUCACGGAUU